AUGGGCCGACCGGUGCCGAGAGGAGCACACUUCACUUGCUUGACAAAGAGACGGACGGAGGCGGGUUGGAAGAGGGCGGUGAGGCGGACGGCGAGUUGGUGGCGGCGGUGGGCAUGGAGGUGGCGCAUGAGUAGGCCAUGUACUUCCCCCCCUCCGUGCCCCCCGCACCUCCCGCCGCUGCGGCGACAUCAGGCCGCCCCCGCCUUGGCGGGUGGAGCAGCGCGAGGGCGUGGUCGACCUGUGGCUCACACACCCCUGCCACGGCGAGCAGCUGCGCGUGGUGGUGCGCCGACACGGCACAUGGCCAUGGGCAUGGCAGGGAGGGAAGGUGUGGGCGGCAGGGAGGGCGCGGUGAGGGCCAGGCCUGUGGGGCGCAUGAAGGGCGAGGGGCCAGGAGACGCUGCAUAG